AGCAGCCAAUCGCAGCAAAGCCAGCAGCAGCAACAACAAUCUCAGCGUGCGGCUUCCGCACCCGACGGAUCCGCGGCGUCCGUGGAACUGUGCGUCCCGUCCUCGCUGGCCGAACAGCAACAGCAGCAUCACCAGCAGCAGCAGCAUCAGGUGGACAUGAUCUGCGGGACCACCGGCGGUCUGCAGCCGGUCAUGCUCAACUCGGGCCCUUGCCCGCCCGCCACUUCGCCCUACAACCGAGGCCAGUGCGCCUCGCCACCGACGCCUCCGACGACACCGCAGCACGUGGCUGUGGCCGCGGCCGCAACGGGCCGCUUCCUGGGGGCCUCGACUGCUGCCACCUUGGCGCACGAUGCACUCAGCUCGGUGGCGCAGACCGGAGGCAUCGACUGCGCGCCACAGCUACGAGGUCAUGAAGGCGGCACUACCAGUCGGUCUCUGGCCACGUGCAAGUACGGUGGCGGCGUAGACCCCACGGGCACGGCCGCCCAAGCGUCUGCCCACGCCGUUGCCAUGACGACCGUCGACUCGUACGUCCACCUGGGGCUCAACCCAGCAGGUGGAGGGCAGUACGGACCGUGCCCCGGACCCUGGAACGCGCACAGGUUUGCCGACCAGUUCGGCCAAGACCGGUUCCGUAUGGGCUCCUGCUUCGGCCGCGAAGACCACCCGUUGGACGGCUCUGCCGGCCCGAUGGCCGCCGCAGCGGUCGACCGCUCGCACCCGGCCAACUCCGGCGCCAUGUCGACCAACGCGGGUGUCGUGGACCACCACCACCUGUACCGGAACCACAACUACGGCACUGCGGCGGCAGCCGCGGCCGCCGCCGACUUCCGGAGGGCCGCUCCUGCCGGCUUCGUCGAUGCUGACGGGUACUGCUCCACGCGCGGAGUUCUGGGCGUCCAGAACUGCCCGGUCUUCACGCACGUCGUGCAGACCACGGCCCAGGACCAGGGACUGUUCGGCGCGGAUAGCAGGACGCAGAUGAUGGACGCUUCUUCCGGCGCAUGCGCGUACGGAACGGCGCAGGCUCUGGCCGGACACUUCCUGUCGCCCCGAUAGCGUCGCGGAAAAAGUGUAGCAGAUGUGCUUCUGCGGGCAGUAUAACAAUACGCAUGCGUAAUGCGUUCUGGUCGGCGUGUCGUGAAGGAUGUGCUUCUGUGCGCACCUAGUGACGUAUACGAUCGACAUCUUCUGAUGGGUGCGAAGUGGAGAGAGUCCAUGAUCUGCACCUAUGGUGCUAACAACGACGUGGAAUCCAUAGCGCGACGAAGUUCCGGAGGCCCUAAACAACAGAACGGGGACGGAAUCUACGCAAGCUGACGGUGGAUCAUCUUCCGCGGCCCAUAGCUGAAGUGUUCAAGAAGACUUCACCGAAUAUGUGGCCACAAACUAGGCCCGGACGGUGGCGCUUCAAGAACACCGCUAAAAGCUUUGCCGUGCUGUGCCAUCGUUUUAUGAGGAGUGUACAGACAGUGCAGCAAUGACAUCAGCAAGUGAAUGCCACCUGAACAGUGUGACGUGCUGUGUCUGUUCGAAAAUCGCUGUACAGAUCUUUGCGGUAGACUUGUACUGCACAUGUCGCUCCUUCGUACGAAAGUCUCCAAAGAAAGUUCGUUACGAUGAGGACAAGCACGCGAGAGUGCUGCAAUGACCCCUCAUCGACAUGGCCAGCUGACUGAUAGUGAGGCUUGCCGGUCGGCAAUAGGCUUCCGAGGUACACUACAGAGACGACGUGCAACUCAACCUGAAAUGCAGUGUUUUAGGACUUCAGAGGGUCAGUAGUCAGUGUGGAAGUGUGUGCGAACGUCGCGACUCCACAGCUGAUAAGCACUUCGAGGGACAAUAUUCUGAUCACGUGCCGGAUGCGAAAGAAAGCUGCGCUGCAUGUUUUAAAUAGCCUUAGCGUGAACGUUUUGCUUCUUGCAUGUGACAGGUUGCUGCCCAGCGCUCGCGUGGAACAUCCGUGCAAUCAAUAACAUCACUUCUUUCAAAAUACGCUCGGACGGUUCAGACUGACUGUACGGUAGCACCAUAAAAUCGCUGUUACGUCAAGGCAAAACAUAAUCGUUCUUUGUACCACGUAAACUUAUCUCGUACGCCAUGGACGUCGCACUCACUCUUCUGCCCUCAGGAUGAGAAGAUGGAAAGAAGUCAAAAGACCUGCUACCUUUAUGAGCGGGAUGAGUGACGUCAUGGCACUGUCACGUGUGGCACCCGGAAUGAAGAUUGACAUCGCAGAGAAGGCAUCGUCGGUAGUCGUUUUCGUGCGUUUGCCGAGAGUUGUUUCAAAUACCAGUUGUGCUAAUACCAAUUGUGCAAAUACCAAUUGUGCAUUUGCGACAUACACGACAGGCUUGUGUAAGCUAAGAACCUCGGUUGCUUGUACAGUGCGGGACUUCAUGAAAUGAUAUGUGCCUUAUUCUCUUCGCUGCGUUCUUCAGUGCCGAAAAAGUACGUGGCCUCGCGGACAACGCAGUGGAACAUAUCUUGGCUUGUUGCUGUCGAAAGCGACUUAGGAUGCAAAACGGUGCAGUAUGACGUAACGGACAUCCGAGAAAACGUGGCGUUGUUGCAUACAUCUAGAAACAUGGUUCGCAACUGCAGCUGCUUCGCUGCAAUAUCGCGUGUGGCGUAGCUGCCGAUGCCAGUGACGUGGGUGUUUGCAAAUGGUUGUAGUGAACUGUCUCUGCUUCUAUCAUGCGUUGAACGUAUCGUUACAGCGUGUUCCUUAAGUCCAUUCUAUGACACCAAAAGUGGCGAAAAAUAUGGCACAACGCAAUUUUCAAAUUGUGAUGCCUUGUCAGCGAAGAUGCUUGUAGAUAUAUAUCUCGGGAAGACUGUGGCACUAAGUGUUGUCCCAAUAAAUCUGUCCUCAAAGCAUCAUUGCAGCAAAAAAAAAAUGUGUGCGUAGGAUGCCUUGCACAAUAUGACAUAGAUUCAGCCCUCAAUACGUUCGUCUCUACACUCGUAUUCCGCAAAACUUCAUGAAAAACCUAUGCACAGUUCAAGCGUUGUGCUUAAGCUAUGGUGCCAACUGGCUUGGCAGCGUAUCUCGUGCACCAUGACAGGCGAAACUAUGAUACUAUGACACACGCGAAAAGAUACUUUGAUGGCUGAUGAACGCGAAGGGUACAGCACAUUCUAGAUUCGGGACUCGGGAGCGCGCGUUCUAGCUUGCAGUGCACUGCCAGCAGUUGCUUGCGAGGCGCGUAGCUCCCAUCUGUCUCUCGUGCGUACACUUUGUGCACGCCAUCCCCGCCAGCUUGUACACGGUUCCUGAACUACAGGAACCAGGUUGUUCAGUUCCUGAGCUACAUGGCUUCUGAACUACAUCGCUAAUGCAGAAUGCAAGUGACAGUUCCACUGCGGUUGAGCACGCGUCUCGAAGUUCAUUGCGAAGCUGGUUAGCCAAAAUGGACAUCGUCCCCUGGCAACUCACGGGGCUCAGGUGAUGUGGCAUGGUUCCGUCUACAAGCGCCCGCAGUUCUCAACACGUAGCGCUUACGGGGAAAGCACUGAGACCGCAACUUCGAACGCAGGAAGCUGCCAGCCGAAGAUCUCUGCCGAUCGAGACAUUGAAGGACUCUGUGGUGUGAGACGUGCGCCGAACGUUUGUUUUUAUGUGUGUGUGUGGGCGAUGCCUUACUGACUGCGUUAUCGCCAGCCCGCCUGCUGAAACCAAAGAUUCACCUUGAAGUUUCGUUUCGUUCUUCGUUCGUUUUUUUUUUUUUUUGUUCCUCCUUGCGAUAGCCUCCGCUCCUCUACUAUAUUGCGGAGUAAAACUAUACUGGAGUGCUAUUGACUGUGCAGCGCGCGAUCUCUCCUUCUCCUUUCCCUCCAAUAAGCUUCACCACACGACAUCGCCACGGUUCAUUAAAG